AUGUCCCGCCGCGCACCCGCCGCAUCCUCGUCCAACGCCAUGGCCACCGCACACUCCCUCGCCAUCCUCGGCGAGUACACCCACACCCUAGAUUCUCUCCCGCUCGACCUCUCCCGCAACUUUGCCGAGUUCCGCGAACUCGACGCCGUCCUCUCCGCCUCGAUGUCCUCCCUGACCUCCAAGAUCACCCAGCUCACCACCAUGCUCGAGACGAACGUCGGGACGAAGGAGGAGCGCCUGUGGCUGCUCGCCGACAUCGCGGAGGAAGCCACUCACCUCAAGCUCGGCAGCGAGGACAAGAUACGCGUCGCCUGCCACGCCGCGGACGGCCUCCGCGGCCACAAGACUCACAUGCGGGCACUUCUGCAGCAUAUCCCAGACCGCGACUUCGAGAGCCUCGAUGCGCUCUGCCGGAAGACCGUCUACCCACAUGUCGCGCCGUACCCUGCCUCGGCGCAGGGCAGCCUUGGGGACGGACGGCGGCAACGAAGAAGCGCACACGGGAGCUUGCUCGCGAGCGGCUCGGUUGAUGCGAGCCCCGCGAAGCGUAAGAGGGCAGCGGGGAGGGAUGACGACUCGGAGGCCGUCGCAAAGACGCCGAGGAAAGAGAGGAAUGGUGACGGCACGCGGCAGCGCAAUGGCCCGAGAAACAAACGCCCCGACCGCGCUGCAUCGCCUGCAGAAUCCCUGUUAUCAGUGGCUUCGCACCUGCCGCCGAGCGCGCAAGUCGCAGGCGCUUCUCACCCGCGCCAGAGCGCAGCACGCGCCGGGAACGGGAACGCAGCAAAGCGUGCUCGGGCGACGCACAACCACGAGCACCAUGCCUCUACGCCGGUUGACCAGUCGCACGAAAUGUAUGUCCCCCCUCCGUCGGCCUCCGCUGCACACCCGUCUCUGCCGAAAUGGUAUUGCGAGACAUGUCGGGGCAAACGGAACGGCCGCCGGGCAGGCCGCGGUGGGAAGAAGAAGGCUGGCGUCUCGUAUCUGGACCUGCCCGAGCUGGCCAAUCUCGCCCGGGUCUCCCCUGUACUCGCAUGCUACGCGGAAGACCCUGUGCUGCACCACCACCGCCUACAUGUAGUCGCGCCGUCGCGGGUGUCCCAUUCACUGUUCGGACAGAGCUCGGACGGGCUACCGUUGCGACCGACAGUCAGUGACCUGGUGCACCGAGGAAUCAUGCGAGGGCUUGGGAUCGAGCGGCGGUGGAGAGCGGGGAUGUACUUCUACUCGCAGCACAUGGUCGCGCAGUACGAGGUUUCGCUCCGCCUGCAGCGCACGCACGCGGGAAACGUCGUCGAGUCCGCGCUGCGGCGGCGGUCCUCGACGAGCCUAUACCGCAUCUACUCUGCGCGGGUGCUCCCCGACGAGCUGCCGUCCGCAGCGAUCUCGUCGACGCUCAUCCCAGCGAUGCGCAAGCUGAAGUGGUCGAUCCAGCGCGACCGCCUCGCGAAGCUGGUGAAGGCGCGCAGCGAGAUGGUGCGUGAGGGCGGCGUCGUGGCGUGGCUCGAGGACAGGGGCAAGGCGGUCAUGCGCAGGGAGAACGAGCGCGUGCGGCUCGCACUGUGCCCCGGCAUCGGAGGGACCGUGCGGUUCUAUGAGAACCUGAGUCAUCGGUGA